CUUCCUUUCUUUUCUCCUAGCUCAAGCCCUGGUGGUCGUCCGCUCCCCUGUAUCUGCCCUCGUCCCUGUAUUUAACGUCUUCAAGCCCGAGUCCAAGUCAAAAUGCGCUCGUCCAUAUCCCUCGGUCUCCCCUUUGUCGCGUCCCUCGUCUCAUCAGCAUGGGCUGCUACGUACGCGCUGAGCGACAACCACGUCGGGCAGGACUUCCUUACCUCCUUCACACACGAAGCAAUCCCGGACCCCACCUCCGGCAGAGUUAACUACGUCGACCAAGCUACGGCACUCUCCAAGAACCUGACGUUCACGUCCGCCGACAGCCUCAUCAUGCGUGCGGACGACACGACCGUGCUCACCGCGUCCGGAUCAGGGCGGGACAGCGUGCGCAUCAAGUCCGUCAAGACAUACACCACGCACGUCGCUGUCUUCGACGUCCGGCACAUGCCGCAAGGCCUGUCCACCUGGCCCGCCGCCUGGGAGACGCUCGAGGACGGGUGGCCCGCCUCAGGCGAGGUCGACAUCCUCGAGGGCGCAAACGACGUCACGCCGAACCAGAGCACUCUGCACACCUCGCCGGGCUGCACGAUGCCCGACGGGCGUGCGCAGACCGGCGCGGUGGUGACGGAGGACUGCGGGGAUAGUGGAGGAGCGAACCUCGGCUGUGGGGUGCACGCGCCGACGAGCAACAGCUUCGGGCCCGCGUUCAACCAGAACGGCGGCGGGUGGUACGCGAUGGAGCGCACGAGCACGUUUAUUAAGGUGUGGUUCUGGGCAAGGAACGACCCCAGUGUGCCCGCGGAUGUGUCGUCGGGCGCGCAGAGCGUGAACACCGAUGCCUGGGGCACGUCCACCGCGUUCUUCCCGAACACGGACUGCGAUAUCGCGAGCAAGUUUGGACAGAACAACAUUAUCAUCAACCUGACCUUCUGUGGCGCGUGGGCGGGCGCCACGUUCGCGCAAGCGGGCGGGCAAGGUGAUUGUGCCACCUACGUCAACAACAACCCCUCGGCCUUCUCCGAGGCGUUCUGGGACAUCGCCGCGGUCCGCGUCUACACAUGAGCCCGCCCGCGCCGGGCCAAGUCCCUGGCGGACCGAAGGUAGCAGGUAUUUAUGAAGGCUAUUUAUUCGCCGCUGAGAAAGAGCAACAGGAGGAAAGGCAAAGUGUACUACUAACAAAAGCAUGGCGGGUCCUGUCGUUGUCGUUCGUUGAUUGAUUCAUUGGCUGUAUAUACCCGCAAUUCAUUCGUUUUCCUCGCUCGGUUCAUCCAUCCCACUUUUGUGACAUAUGUAUGCCGGUGAGCUAGGCUGAUGAUAAAUAGCUUGAC